ACGUUCGGUGCUUUCCAAGUCAUUGUUAUUUAAGUUAUUGAAAGGAAAAGAACAUUUUGAUAUUAAGCAAACAGAACUCAACGCAAGGUUGACAUGAAGAAUUUGGACAUUGGAUUUUUGGUUAUUUUAUCUUUAGCUACAGUUGAUCUGAAGAUUAUUUCAAAGAAAAUUUGGCAGCCUUACAUUCAUGGUGGUGAAGAUGUCAGGAACUUUUCAAACUUCUCAUACAUACUGUCAAUGCGAUACAUAGACUUCCACAUUUGUGGUGCUUCUAUUAUUCACUUAAGAUGGGCUCUUACAGCUGCACACUGCUUUGACGAUACACAUUUUGUGGAUGCGGUGUCAUUUAGAGGUGGAAGUGUAAACAGAUUUAUUGGUGGCAAAAUCAUACAUGCUGAGCAGUUCUUCAUUCAUCCUCAAUAUAAUGCACCGACUUAUGCUUUUGAUGUUGCCGUCGUACGAACUAUUGAAGACUUGUCAGGCGAUCACAUGAGUCCGAUUCGUUUGAUUGGAUUUAACACAAUGCUACCUGCAGGUUUAGUUGGAUCAAUUGCUGGAUGGGGUGUUACGUCUUCUGGAAGUUUAUCUAUCAAUCUACAACAAUUGGAUUUGCCAAUUUGGAAUCAAAGGGAUUGUUCUGAACGGUGGUCGCAGAGAGUGAAUUUGAACAAAUUUUGUGCAGGUGGAACUGCUGGAUUUGACAGUUGCAAUGGUGAUUCUGGUGGUCCAAUGGUAGUAAAUGGAAUGCAAGUCGGAAUAAUUUCAGCAGGCGCGACUGAUUGUGGCAUUGCGUUCCCAAGUUUGUUUGUAAACAUUACUCACCCAUCUAUCAGAGCAUUUAUCAUGGAAAGAACUCGUGUUUAACACUGUUUAAUUAAUUAUUUUUUGAAGAAUGAGAGACAAAAAUUUAUUUUCAAAGAUAACGUUAACGUAUUUUUUAUAUUCAAAAUUUUAAA